GAGCCGAGUUAAAGAAAAUUAUCAAAAGAGGAAAGUAGAUAAAAGGCUAAUGACGAUCCAAAUGUUAAACGAGAGAGUGAAGGGUCAAGUUGAGCAUCCUCCAGAAGAUGCUUAUAAGAAGCUUAAUCAGAAUCCGAUAUUAAAAAAUCUUGAGAUUUCCAUGAGAGAUUGUAAUGAAAACUCUAUUCAAAUAAGUCUAAAAGAUAAGAGAGAAAUUGAUAAUAGGAUUAACCAAUAAGCUGGCAAUAGCUUAGGAAAACCUAAGAAUUCAGACACGUUCCGAUGCAGAGGCAUCUCUUAUGACUCAGGCAUUUCCCUCUCUACUAAAUAUCCAAGUUUAUAUUUCAAUAGGUUUGGGUACUUGUAUAAUUUCUCAAAGCAGAGAGGUCAAGGACAAGCUGAGAAAAGAAAGAAUAUGACUGUAAAAGUUUCUGUAAAGAAUUUAUAUAAGGAGCAUGAAAUCUCAAAUAUCCAACAAAUCAUCAAAAAUCCUUGUAUAUUUGACAUUAGAGACAAAUUAAUGACUAGAAAAUUGUCAGAUGCAAAUCGCCUCCUUUGACCACCAGUCAACAGACUGCUAAAGAGUUAGUUAGGAUGAAAUAUGAGGAAAGGCACAGGAAGAAUCUGUCUUUGCAAAUAGAGCCAGUUCAGAGGAAGUACUCUCUUUGAAUUUGUAGAGGGAAUUAAGAAUAUUCUUAUGGAUAAAAAUUCUAAAUUUGCAGAGAAGAUCCCUGCAAAGAUAAAAAGCACCUACCUCAAUAACCUCAUGGAUAAAAAGAGUUUUUUCUCAAAGUUAGUUCACAAUAGACAUCGCCCUCAAGGCAAAGAUGGUUUUGAGGAAUCAAUCAGUGGUCAAGAAAAAGCUCAGAUUGAAUAAUGAACCUCAGAAAAUGGCUCCUAAAGAGGCUCUGAGCAGUAAUAUGUUGGAGGCGAAGAAGUCAGGGAGGGUGUUUUAUCCUUCCAAAGUGACCCAUUUUCGUCAUAACAGUCAUGAUAACCAGACUAAAGUUGUGAGGCAGGAUCUAAGUCCGCUAAAUAGAUCACAUGACAACACUUGAGGCAGUAGCUCAGGAAUCACUGAUUCUUCAUCCAAGGAGGGAAGCGGGUCUAAGGUGCAGAUCCAGAAGCCUCAAUCUGAAAGAGUGAAAGAUAUCAUUCAAAUUAAACUGAAUUUUGAAGACGAUGUCCUACAGGAAAACCCAACUCUGAUUGUAGGAGUUGUGUCAAAGAAAGAGGGUGUUAAAUAUGAGCUUGAUCCAAACGAUAUCAAACUAGUUUUCGAAAAAUUCGGAGAUGUAGCUAAUGUUGAGAUUGUAGAAAGUUGAAAUCAAGCUGUUGUAACGAUGGAAGAUCUACAGAAAGGUCAAGAGGCUGAAAAAUAUUUCAACUUCUACCAGCUCCCUGGAGCUGAUGCUUAUCUAACUGUCAAAUGGCUGUUUGGAGAUUGAAAGGAAUUGCAAAGAGUUGCUAAACAAAAGAAGUCAAUGGUUAAGGAGAGAAGUAAUUCCGAAAAUAAAACCUCAACAAGAAAAUCAGAUCAAGAGUUAGUGGUGCAAAAAGAAAAGUAUGCAAAAGAAGAUGGAAGCUUAAUUAGUCAAAACUCUUCUUCUAAAGCUACUGAGGAGCAAUGUACUCUUCAAGCUUCGAUAGAGUCAAACAUUAGUAAGGAAUGUACUUCUGUGUCUAAGUUCACAACUAAGUAUGAAAUUCCAAUUAGAGAUCUUCCAGGAUUCUAUGUCGCAAGGAAGAUUAUUGGUCAUAGAGGCAAGAACAUGAAAUCAAUUUUGGGAAAGCUCAAGAAAAACAAUUUCAAAGGACCAAUCCAGGAUGUCACCAGACUUAGACUAAGAGGCCAAGGAUCAGGUUUAAAGGAAGGCCCAAACAACUGCGAGAGCCCAGAACCUUUGUACUUGUGUAUUAGUUCUAAGUACUACGAAAAGUAUUCGGAAGCUUGCCACCUUGUUGAGAAUCUGCUUAAGGAUGUAUGCCAAGAAUACAACAACUUUUGUAAGUGGAAAGGAAGGCCAAUAGUUGGCUACAACGUUAGAAAGUUGGAGAAUAACCCAGCCUGGUAUCUAUCUAAUUUAUUCGACGCACAGAAAUAA